UCUGGGACCCCCUUUGGCUUCAGCGGCUGAUUUCCUCGCCGGGGUGUACUUGUGCAAUGUGACUUCGCCAUGAACUCGCCCGUGCCCAGCUGGCUCCCAGGCUUGGGGGGGAGGCAGAGGGGGGGCGACGAGAGAAAGGGAUCCUGACGAAAGCGGAACUCUCCGGAGCCCAUACAAAUCAGAAAAGAGCUAGUCCAGAAGAGCAGUUGAGUGGAUAUCUGAGCCUGCUGAUCAGGGAGGCUGGCUGCCUGCCUCUUGAAAGAGAGACAGAAAGGAACGGGGGGAGACAAAAAAGCCCACCAGGCUCAGGCAGGGCUUAAAGUAGGCAGGCGGGAAAGGCGCUUGGAGCAGAUCUUCCUGCGCGAUCUUGGGGGAGCCAGCGCCGCGAUCUGGUGGGCUGGGGGCCCCGAUCCCCUGAAGCCACCUUCGAGGUGAGCAGCAGCGGCAGCAGCAGCCUGAGCAGCAGGUGGUGCCAUGAUGGCCACAAGCUACCAAGACCCCCCGCCCGAGGACACGGUGGCUCUGCUCCACCAGGCCGCCAAGGAGCCCGGCAUCGGCGGAGGCGAGUCGGGGGUAAAGAGCGAGCUGAGCCCGGCUUCCACUAAGACGUCUUCGUCGUCCUCGGCGGCGCCGCUGGAGAAGGGCGACCCUUCACAGAAGCCGCCGUACUCGUAUGUGGCGCUCAUCGCUAUGGCCAUCCGCGAGAGCGCCGAGAAGCGCCUGACGCUAUCCGGCAUCUACCAGUACAUCAUCAGCAAGUUCCCUUUCUACGAGAAGAACAAGAAGGGCUGGCAGAACAGCAUCCGCCACAACCUGAGCCUCAACGAGUGCUUCAUCAAAGUGCCGCGAGAGGGCGGCGGCGAGCGCAAAGGCAACUACUGGACGCUGGACCCAGCCUGCGAGGACAUGUUCGAGAAGGGCAACUACCGCCGCCGCCGCCGCAUGAAGAGGCCUUUCCGUCCGCCCGCCGGCCACUUCCAGCCGGGCAAAAGCCUCUUCGGGGCCGCGGCCGAGGCGGCGGGCUACGGUUACCUCACGGCGCCGCCCACCAAGUACCUGCAGGCACCCUUCCUCAACGCCGCCGCGUCCUGGUCCCUGGCGCAGCCCGCCCCUCCCCCGCCGCCUCAGGCGCCCCCGGCCGGCUCUUACGCGGCCUGUCAAAUGGCUGCCGUGGAAGGCAACGGCAGCGGAGGCGCCACGGGCGCCCUCAGCCCCGUCAAGGGAGUGGGACUUUCGGCGGGGCCCGGCGGAGCAGGAGCCGGCGCCGCCUCAGCCUACGGCCCUUAUUCGCGCCUUCCCGCCAUGGUGAACUCGUACAACGAUGGGCCACCACCAUCCCCACCACCACCCGCACGCCCACCACCCCACCCGCACGCCCACCACCAUCACCACCACCACCACCACACUGCCCAACAGCUGGGAGCAGCCGCUGUGGCGGCCGCAGCCGCCGCAGCCGCCGCCGCCUCGGCGGGCAGCCCCUCGCCGCAAGCAGCGCCCAACGGAGCCGCCGGCCUGCAGUUCGCUUGCGCGCGCCAGCCCCCCGAGCUGGCCAUGAUGCACUGCUCCUACUGGGACCACGACAGCAAACACAGCGCCUUGCACUCCAGGAUAGACAUCUGAGGAGGAGGCGGCCGAGCAGGACCUCCUCCAGCUGGAGGGGAGUGGGGGUCCUUCUGCGCCCCCUCCCUCCAAAAAUCAUCGUCACCAUCACCAUCUUGGAUUUUCUCUCUUUUACCAUUUUCUUUUCCACCCACUAUCGAAACAUACAGAAACUUUCAGUGCCAAAAUGAGAACGAACCCGCUCCCUGUUCGCCAAAACACCUCUGUUCUUAUAACGAUCUGCUCCGGGUGUACGUGAAGGCAGCGUAAGUGUAGAGAACUUCCAACCCCAUCUUUCCUGCUACAGAAGCUCGUCUGUCGAUUUUCUGGCUAUUGCUGGCUUUUAGAGUUAGGACGCAUGAGGGUGCCGAAUAGUGCUUGCCUGUAGGGAAGUCCACGGUGAAAUGUCGAACGUGCCCUUGUUUCUUAACUUUCUUUUCGAAAAUAAAAACACUGGUCACGAU